UGUCAGGGAGAGGACACAGCUGUGCAGCUCUCUGACAGAAUAUAAAGUCUGUACUUUUAAGCCAAGAUGCUGUUCUAAAUUGUGGUUUUCCAAGACGGGGUCUGCAAACAGCUUGCCAUGGCAUCUAAAUUGAAUUCCAUUCAAGGAACUAUCAUUGGAUUUACCUUGUAAAAAUGGAAAACGUUACCAAAGAUUUCAGUCCAGUCACCUUGACCAGCAGGCCCGACAGAGUCUCAGGGCUUUCCUCGAUGUCGGACAUGAUGAUGGCCUCGCCUUGCAUCAACAAGAGUCUCUUCUCUCCUGGACCCACAAAUGUACUGUCUCCCGUCACUAAUCUGGCCCUAAACAUGAACAAUCUAGCUGGAUUUGGGAGCCAACAAUGUGACACUCCAAAGCGGAAACAACGUGUGCCCCUCCUGAAGUUUCCGUCCGUCGCCUCUGACUGCUCCUCUGAUGCAGGUCUUGGUAUGGAUUCCCCCAGCCCCAUGGACCCCAUCCAUGUUGAGGAGACGUUUGAGAAGGCCAUUCUCCAGUCUGGAAGAGUUGUCAAUGAUAACAUGCCAAUCCGAAGAAUCAACUCUCUGCCACUGCAGCUGCCAGACUUCAGCCCGGCUCUGAAGGGUCCGUUCCCAGGGAGCCAGAGUCAGCAGCGCCACGGGGCUUUUGGACGGCUCGGCUCAGCCCAGGAUACAGCCGCCUCCUCUGAGCACAGCGUUCACGGUGGACAGGGAAACAAGGAGAACCGGGGAAGCUUUGAGUUUAAGAAGCCCACCAAGCCCAUGUCACCCUGCCGUAUGAGGGCCUUCCAUAGUGAAGGGGAGGAGAACAAGGACUUUGCCCCCUGGCCCAAGGACUUUGGCCCAGCACUCGUUCUAUCUCCGUCUAAACGCCUCGGCUCAUUGGAUGACAGAAGACCCGUCUUCCCGCAUCGCUGCUCCCUUGACGAUGACGACGGUUUCCUUGACGUUCUGGAUGACCGUGAGGAGGAGUGUGACAUGCCCAUGGGGAUGUCCAACCUGCUGACCGCUCCGCUUGUGAGGGACCGCACCAUGCCAGGAGAUGACUCGCCGGUGGUUCGUUGUCGGCCGCGGGGUCUGUUCCGCUCGCCCUCCAUGCCAAGCCAGGCGGGCCGCACACCUCUGAAGCGCCCCCAGGACGAGAACACGCCGGUCAAAGUGAAGAGACGACGCAGCCUGGCGGAAACUCAUGGCACCACCAUGGACCAGGACGACUGCUCUCCCAGCAAGAUGGUAUUUUCUGAGCGCCACGUACAGCGCUCUAAAUCGUUCUGUAACCACACCGAGAUUGAGAAGCUGCUGGAUAAGGAGCUGAUUGGAGACUUCACCAAACCCUUCGCCCUGUCUACCGUGGAGGGAAAACACCAGGACCUCAAAUACAUCACUCCUGAGAUGAUGGUGUCCGCUCUGAGCGGCCAGCUGGAUCAUCUAGUCGAGAGGAUCGUGGUGAUUGACUGUCGCUACCCGUAUGAGUUUGAGGGGGGCCACAUCAAAGGAGCCCUGAACCUCCACCAGGAGGAGCAGGUAGAGGAGUACCUCCUACACACCCCCAUCGCCCCUCUCUCCCCUGACCGCAGGGUCCUCCUCGUCUUCCACUGUGAGUUCUCCUCAGAGCGAGGGCCCAGGAUGUGUCGUUUCGUACGUGAGCGGGACAGGACGAUGAACGAGUACGAGUACCCUAACCUGCACUACCCAGAACUCUACGUCCUCAAGGGAGGCUACCAAGAGUUCUUCCAUCACUUCCGGGUAAAACACACUACACAAUCAUAGAUGACUGAAAACGUUUUGAUCUUCUAGACAUGGAAUCAGAUUGAAAUUAUCGUUACCAAGUGAUAUUUUAUUUCUAUA